AUGAAUGCCAUGGAUCAAGGCAAUGCCAGGGGCAAAAGGGGUGAGACUGAGAGAAGAGGGGGCCAACUCCGAAAGGGGCAAAGGGGGAGAGAAGGGAAACACACAGAGAAAAGGAGAAGAAGCUCAGUCGACGUUCCAGAAACUGUGGAAACUUUCUUGGUGCGACGGUUCGGGCCCAAGAUCCAGACUCUGCUGCUACGGCUCUAUUACCCUCAUCUAUUCGAAACUCCAUGGGCUGCUACGAUGCCGGCUGUUGGUACCAGUGGGUCUCCCAAUUAUUAUCUGCUUCUCUAUCUUAAGCGACCAGGUCAACAACACCAGCUGCACUGCGAUGCAUGGUUGAGUCGUGAAAAUCACUUUUUUGACAGGGCCCACGCCGCCCUGCAAUCAAGUCAUCCAUCCUCCACCCACCCAGGGGCCAUAACUGCGAGUCAUAUGGGCGAUCAGGCUGUUACAUGGGGGCAGACUGUAUGGUAG